AUGGAGGAGGAGGAACACCUCAAGGACGGCCUGCAAGGUCUCAGAGUCGACACAGGCUCCAUGUCCCGGGGAGCUACAAUCAAGCAGGAAGGAGACAGCACGGCCACGACACCUACUGGCAGCAAAGGUUCCAGGCCGCAGAGCAUGUCGCCGGAUGAUCAGAAGCCGCGCAGUGAUAGCGCCUCAACACCAGACGGCGCGCAACCUCCGAAAACCCUCCGCAAAACAUCACAAAAGAAGACAUCCCAGCCCGCCAUGACCUUCCAAGAUCUACCCGACGCGACGAGCGAAUCCUGCACACACUUCCAGCUGAUUGAGGCCUGUCUCUAUGGAUCCAAGUCGCUUGGCUCAACAGAACACGAUGCGCUGGACUGCGAUUGCAACGAAGAGUGGCGGGAUGGUGCAAACCAUGCUUGCGGCGAAUACUCUGACUGCAUCAAUCGAGCCACCAAAAUGGAGUGUGUAGACAAGGAGUGCAACUGUGGAGAAGGGUGCCAGAAUCAACGGUUCCAGCGCAGACAGUUUGCCGACGUCUCGGUCAUCAAGACCGAAAAGAAGGGCUUCGGCCUACGAGCAAACAGAGAUCUGGAGGCGCAUGAUUUCAUCUUCGAGUACAUUGGCGAAGUCAUUAACGAACCUACGUUCCGGAGACGAAUGGUCCAAUACGACAAAGAGGGCAUCCGGCAUUUCUAUUUCAUGUCACUGACCAAACACGAGUUUGUAGACGCAACCAAGAAAGGUAAUCUCGGUCGCUUCUGCAAUCACUCUUGCAACCCCAAUUGCUACGUGGACAAAUGGGUGGUGGGGAACAAGCUUCGCAUGGGCAUUUUCUCCCUGCGGAGAAUCCAGUGUGGCGAGGAGUUGGUCUUCAACUACAAUGUCGACAGAUACGGUGCCGAUCCGCAACCCUGCUACUGUGGCGAGCCAAAUUGCAUUGGAUUCAUCGGAGGCAAGACCCAGACGGAGCGCGCUACGAAACUGCCCGAUGCAACGAUUGAAGCUCUUGGCAUUGACGACGGCGAUGGCUGGGAGACGGCGGUUGCCAAGAAGCCUCGGAAGAAGAAGGUCGGCGAGGACGACGAGGAGUACGUUAAUAGCGUGCAAGCUCGCGGCCUCGACGAGAAAGGCGUUACGAAGGUGAUGGCCACACUCAUGCAGUGCAAAGAGAAAUGGAUCGCUGUCAAGCUGCUGGAGCGUAUCCAGCACGCUGACAACAACCAAGUGCGCAAUCGAGUUGUGCAAAUGCACGGAUACCAGAUUUUGAAAACCGCGCUAAACACCUUCAUUGAAGACCGCAACGUUGUCCUUCAGAUCCUGGACAUCCUCGACAAGUUUCCUCGUCUGACCAAGAACAAGAUCUCCGAUUCUAACAUCGAGUCGGCUGUCCAGUCCCUGACCAAGUCUGAGCACGAAGACGUCGCUGCGGAUUCUGCACGCCUAUUGGAUGAAUGGAGCAAAUUGGAGGUCGCCUAUCGUAUUCCCCGGAAGAAGUUCGACCCCAAUGCACAGGCGGCCCAAGCCACGCCCUCUGUCAAUUCUUUUGAAGAUCGCCGGGGCAAUCGUCAAGGGGAGCCACUCAUCAAGACCGUUCUGACCCUUCCAGACAACAUCCCUAAAGGUCCGCGAAGCAACAUCCCGCAGCGGAACCCCAGCUUCUUCAACAGUCCGAGACAGCGCCGACCUGUUGCUCUCAAUCUGCCGCCCGGCUGGUUCUCAGCAACUGACAAGAGUGGAAGCCUGUAUUACUACACCAAAAGUGGUGACACCACGUGGAUCAAGCCCACUGCACCUGCGUCUGAAGCGCCUGCAUCACAACCGAAAGGGCCGUCCAAGGCUGCGCAGGAGCAGAAGACACUGCAGGACAUCAUCGAUUCGCUUACGAAACCAGACAGUGCGCCACCGCGAAGGUCUGCAUCGCAGACUCCGCAGCAUGUCAGCACCCCCACACCGGUCCCCAAAAAGGAGAAAUGGCGGUCUAUGUCGGUCGACAAACAGAUGAAGCUCUACGAAAACACGCUUUUUCCACACGUUAAGCGUGUGAUGGACAAGUUCCGCCACAAGCUCCCUAAAGAAGAAUUGAAAAAGUUCGCGAAAGAAGUCAACAAGAAGCUUGUUGCAUCCGACUACAAGAACAAUCGUGUGGCUGAUCCAACUUCAAUAACGGAGAAACAGGAGAGGAAGGUGAAACAAUACGUCAAGGACUAUUUUGAUCGUGCUGUCGAGAAGGUUAAGGAUCAUGAGAAGAAGAAGGCGCAGCGUGCCGGGAAGGGUGGACCUCAUGCGCCUAUUCUUACGCAUAGCAAUGGCCAUGAUACCCCCAUGGGAAAAUCUGCUGUCAAGGAUGAUCGCGACAUCGCGAUGACCGAUGACGAAGAUAUUGGCUCGACGCCCGCAAGUUCUGAACAAAAGCGAAAGCGGGAAGAUGAGAUGGCUGGAUCUCCCAGCCUGACACCGACAGAGGUCCCUUCGCUCAAGCGCCUGAAGGAGGAUGGAGGUGACAUGUCAAGCCCGCCUCCUCCUCCGCCUCCUCCACCACCGCCUGAGGGUGAGACUACGGUGAAGCUUGAGAUGAUGGGACAUGACACUGUCUUCGGAGAGCAAGAGGUGGAAGAUGAAGCAGAGCGGCAGAGGCUCCGUGAGGAGGAAGCUGCUCUGGAAAGGGAAAACGAGAUCAACGCCCUAGACGCCGAAAGAGAGAGAUACAGUGGUGAAGCCACCGGUCGAGACAUCCAUGACAACGCUCCGAAGCAUGAAGUUCUAAGUCAUUAG